AUCUCAGUCGAGAAGAUGUUUGCUCUUAAAGAAAUUACGAUUCUAGGUCUUGUGCUCAUCUGCACACUCGGCUAUGCCUCAUCUGUGGAUUUCUCAGACGAAGACUUUGUGUACGAUAAUGUGAUGAGCUAUUCUAGUGGCACAAAGCGAACAGUAACCGUUUAUAAACCCAAACUUGUUUUGGAAAAAACAACCAAGAAACGGCGUCCCGUAGGCCCACGUGUACCCGGUCAUGGCGGUAAAAUCGCGAUUAAUGUUUGCUAUUGAUACAACUGGUAGUAUGUCAGAUGACAUCGACGCGGCUAARCGCAUUGCUGUAGACGUGAUCAACUACCCCAGGGAGAAUCCUGUUAGUUAUAUACUAUCACCGUUCAACGAUCCUAGAACUGGUCCAGUGAUUUUCAAAAACAGCUCAGAGGGUGCAUAUUUUGUUGAAGCUAUCUCCCGUCUGACAGCCACUGGUGGUGGGGACUGUCCAGAACUAGCCUUUAAAGGGAUCCUAGAUGCACUAUACGAGGGACCUGAAUGGGGAUCACCGCUGUACGUAAUUACAGAUGCUUCAGCAAAAGACGAUUCCCAGACGAAUAUCGAAGAGGCAAAAGAACUGGCCAAAACUAAAGGCAUCACUGUGAACUUUUUUACUACAGGUGACGAUUGUGGAAAACGCGAUUACCACCCAUUUCAGGAAGUUGCAGACGCUACUUCCGGUCAAGUACUCGAUCUUCUUAACCACCAGGAACUGCGCCAACUAACGGGCUUCACCGGAAGUGUAUUGGGAGGCUCGAACAUCAUUUGUACCGCUGACAGUUUAUAUCAAAAUGUUACUGAAAAGAGAUACAACAUCACGGUUGAUGACUCGAUUGACACGAUGUCUGUGUCUGUCACAACCAAACGUCGAAACCAGGGACGGGCUAUCUCACUGCAAGACCCUGAUGGUCAAACAAUUACGAAGGGAAAGUUAUCCAUGUCUAAGGUAUCGGUGUACGAGAUCAAGAAACCUAAAGUAGGAACAUGGUCUUUGGUAGUCCCGCAAAGGGUUGGAAGAYAUAAUUUCUUUGUGAAGUCGUCGAGUGGUUCAAACGGWAGCAUUGAUUUUGAGCAUUACUUCAUGCAGUCGAUGCCUGGUCCUAUCACAGAUGUUCCUGUAUCAGACCCAUUGAUAGGGCAACAAACCAAGGUAAUCCUUACUCUAGCUGGCUACGACAAAGUUCAGAAAAACACAACUGUCCUAGAACUGAUAACAAAGCACGGAGAACAUAUCAGAGAUGUCNCGCUCAAGCCAGAUAGACGAGGAAUGCGUUACGUAGCAUCACUCAACCCACCCUCCCAACCCUUUAAGCUCAAAAUCAAAGGCACUACAAAGGCUGGCAAUUCGUUUGAACGCGUUUCACGUAACGUAAUCGAACCUAAACACGUUCUACUGCGAGUUGUGCGAUCUGAUAAAGAUUUCACUUUGCGCCGAGGAGAAAGGUCUGAAGUCGAGUUUUAUGUCUUUAACUCUGGAGCCAACGAGGCGUUAAGACUGUCCGUCAAAGACAGGCUUAACUACGUAACUGGCAUAUCACUGACAUCAUCCCCUAAAGGCAGAAAGACAAGGAAAGCCGUGACUCUUACUGUGAAGAGCAACAAGUGGACGUUCGUCAAGCUCGUUUUCAACGUGCCUUCCAAUGCCAAGAUAGGUGCCACUGAUACAGCAAUGGUGUCUGCCUCUUACAACAAUGGCAGGGGAAUUGUCAUGGCGCCCGUUCAACUUCUCGUCGUUGAAUAGAUUACAUCACAAGCUUCCUUUGUAGCAAUCUUUGCGCUUUUCACUUUGGGUUUCCUGUGUAAGUAAAUGCACAGGGAACCCCAACAGAAAAGCCACCAGUUGCUUACAAAGGAAGGUAUGUAUAUUUUGGUUAUGGUUAUUAGCCAGCCCACUAUAUACAUGUUUACAACACGGACGGACAUCUUUUUUUACAUAUGAUGAUCAUUUUAAUGAGGAAUUGUACUUGUAUUUUUUUUAUUUUUUAAGGUUUUCCAUGUGUUUAUGUACUGUUGGAAUGACUACAAUAAAAUAAGCUGCAUUUUAAAAUGCUUUGUA